AAAUAUGUUUCCACACCCUAAGAUAAUGUUAAAUAUGCAAAUUUUCAUGUGAUGUUUUUUUGCCAAUGCUUUUAGAACAACCAUGAGUAACUUUGGUAGUGAUGCAAUUUUGCAAUGUUACCAUGAGUCAUGAGAAGAAAUAAAGAAACCCCUUAUUUGUGUCAUCAUCUCGCUUACAUUUGGUGUUUAAGGGGAAUAAUUGAACGUUAUAUGAACAUAUUGUCGGUAGUUAAGAUGCAGCAGGAAGAUGAAGUUGACGCCUUUAGACUUGUUACGCCAACAAAUCCUGCGGAGAUAUCUAUUCAAAACAUCGAUCAGCGGACGCUAAUAACAGAAAAAACAGAAAAGAAUUUCACAGCUCAGUUUGUAAAAAACGAUUCUGACAAUCAAUCCAAAUUUUUACUGUACACAUAUAAAGAAACGUUACCACCCAGAGGAAUCCCAGUGCUUUUUUCUGCUACUAUAGACAAUAAACGCUUUCUUAUGUGUUGUGACAACGACUCUUCAAUCUAUUUUAAGAAAGAAGAGCUGCCAAUCGACAUAAGUUCUAAGCAUAGUGAGUUCAUUUUUUAUCAAAGAUCCUUUUCAGCGGGACAUACUUCAUUUUCCUUUGAGUCAUCGGUGAAGCAGAAUUUUUACCUUGCAUUUGAAGAAGAGGGCAAUAUACAAAAACUGAUUUUAAAGCAUUGCCCUCCAGGAAAACUGGAUGAAACCAUACAGAUGAAAGUUUUUUAAUCCAGUAGCAUCCUAAACCAUGAAACAUUUUGUUGGCCUGUAUAAUUAAGUCUUAUUUGCUUUAUGGUGUAUUUAAAGCUUUUCUUAUAGAAAGUACAAAAAUGCAUUUUAUUCCAGGUUUACAUUAAAAGUAAUUUUCUAAAGUCCUAGAAAUUACUUUUGAGAUCCAGAUAUUAGUUUAAUGGGAAAUUUCUACACAAAUGGUGCUCGUUCAACCAUUAUUAGGCUGUAACAAUCUUCUUGUAGCCUACAAAGUGAUAGGUCAACAAGCAUUUAACCCAGUGGGAGACAUACCUCUACUUCCCAUAUUGACCUUGUGUAACCAUCUCCUUGAUAUGAUACUGUGUAUCAAUAAAAGUA